CCAGUGAGCCGUCGGCCGCGCGCUGCCACACACACUCCGACGCGUCGCGCACGCCCUCCGCCCCCAACACGCCGACCCCGACAUGACGCACGCUCCCGCCCCCAAGAAGCGCAGCAUGCCGUCUCCGGGGACCGAAGCUGCCGCCGCCCCCGCAGACGUCGCCCUGCCUCCCGAGCCCGUCCCGCCCCCAGACGGUGGUUGGGGAUGGGUUGUCGUCUUCGCUUCUUUCAUGAUACACAUCGUCACGGACGGCGUCACGUACUCGUUCGGUGUGCUCUACGUAGAGUUCCUGGACGCCUUCAAGGAGGGCAAGGGCGCCACGGCGCUCAUCGCUUCCAUCCUCGUCGGCGUUACCUUCUGUUCCGGUCCCAUCUCGAGCUCGUUCGUGAACAAGUACGGAUGCCGGCCGGUGACGAUCGCAGGCGCCAUCUUGGCGAGCGCCAGCCUCGCAGUCAGUGUGUUCGCUCGCAACGUGCUCACGCUCUACUUCACCAUCGGCAUCGGCACCGGGCUGGGCUUCGGGCUGAUCUACCUGCCGGCGAUCGUGAGCGUGACGUGCUACUUCGAGAAGUACCGGUCGCUGGCGACGGGCAUCGCGGUGUGCGGCUCGGGGCUGGGCACCUUCUUGUUCGCGCCGCUCACGGACGCCCUGCUGACGCACCUGGCGUGGCGCGGCGCGCUCCUCGCCAUCGCCGGCUUCGUCCUCUCCUGCGUCCUCUUCGGCGCGCUCUUCCGGCCCCUGCAGAGCUCCGAGCCGGCCGCCGAGGACGUGCCCAUACAGCAGAUCACCACCGGCAACCUGAGGCCGGCGGAAGAGCAGGCGGCCGACGCGGAGGAGAAGCGCCCCAUGAUGCAGCGCGCCGGCUCGGCGGAGGCGCUGGCGGGCGGCGCGGCGGCGGCUCGCGCGGGCCGCCUGGCGCAGUCGCAGCCCGCGCUGCAGCUGCUGGGCACCGCCACCGCCACCCCCCACCACCCGCACCUCCCCCACCAGCUGCACGGCGUGCGGCGCGCGCCCAGCGCCGGCGGGCUCAUGCAGCGCAAGGACAUCCUCUACAGCGGCAGCCUGCACAACAUCCCGCUGCACCACAGGUCUGCAAACCUACUGUCUGAACAGAAAAAAGUUUCGAGCAACAAUCAUCUACCUCCUGCAUAUGUGGCUGAACCAGCAGAAGAACAACAUGAAAAAUCAACUAUUUGUGGAUGUAUACCUUGUUCACCUGAGGCAAAAGAAACAUGGACAGAAAUGUUAGACUUUUCCCUCCUGAAGGAUGUUAUAUUCAUCCUCUUCGCAGCCUCAAACUUCCUUACCAGUAUUGGGUUCAACAUACCAUAUGUGUAUAUUGUGGUACAAGCUGAGAAACAAGGAAUAUCAAAAGAGUCGGCCAGUUACCUUCUCUCUGCUGUUGGUAUAGCUAAUACAGUAGGUCGUGUGCUUUUAGGCUACAUUUCAGAUAAGCCAUGGGUCAAUCGCUUGUAUAUAUACAAUGGGUGCCUUGCAAUUUGUGGCAUAGCAACAGCUAUGAGUGUGCUCUGCCAUGAUUUCUAUUCAAUGGCUUUCUACUGCUGUGUAUUUGGUUUUACAAUUGGAGCCUAUGUUGGGCUAACCUCAGUUAUUCUUGUUGAUCUUCUUGGCCUUGAUAAGCUCACAAAUGCUUUUGGAAUCCUCUUGCUCUUUGAAGGUGUUGCUUCACUUUUGGGGCCUCCCAUUGCUGGUUGGCUGUAUGAUGAACUGGGUUCAUACGAUCCUGGUUUUUAUGUUUCUGGUGUUACGAUAGCACUAAGUGGCCUCAUGUUGUUUGUAAUACCAAGUUUGCAGAGGAGACAAAAUUUACGUUCCCAAGAGGCAGAAUGCUGACAAAGAAGUAAUUGUGUCUACAUGUGAGGAAGCACAACUCUUAAUAUUGUGUGUGUUACAAGAAAAGCAUUUAUGCAGCUGUAUGGAAAGUAAAGCAAAGUGAUAAGUAAAGAAACCAGAUCACUAGCUCUGUGCUAAGUGAAAAGUGACUUAGAGAUAAGUAUUGUAUGAUUCAAUAUUAUCAAGUGAUUUUUAUGUUUAUAUGUUUAUUUAAUGUGUCAGGUGGGCUGCUGGGUAAAGUGCAAUAUUUUAUGUUAAUUCUUUGAAAAUACCAAGGAAUUUAACUUGGACCGAUCUUUUUGUAAAGACUUGCACAUUACUAAUUUCCUAAUGUUUGUGUAAUGCUGUAAAAAUGCCUGCAAAAGUCAUUAUAUGAUUAAGUGAACAUAUCAGGUCCUAAAAUUUGCAUAUUACUCAUAAAAAUUUCAGAGAGUAAUUUGGACUGUGAUAUCAUAUUUUUAUUUAAGUAAUUGUAAUGACAAAAUAAAGGUGUUUUGUUACUACUAUUCCCAUAACAGAAAUUCACUGUAAUAUAUAUUAGGUUAUUUGCCAUUUUUACAACAAUUCAUUUUCUAAAUUAUAGUGGGCAUAAAGAAAGUGGGUGACUUUUAUAAAUUUAUAUGUUGCAAUAAAUAAUGCUUAUUUCAGACAGUGGCUACAGCAAAUAUGAAACAGUGAAUGUAAUCUCCUCUUUGCUGUAAUUUGUUUCACAGUUAUCAUGUUGGUCUGCCAGUCAGGGUGUUCCUCAGUUUCUUGUGGGUACCUAGACAUACCAGUAAUGGUAGGAUAGUGCUAGCCUGCCAAACAAAAAAGAAAACAUAUUUAAAGAGUCAACAGUAAUUUCUAAAACAUAAACACUGAAUUAAAUAAAUAGAUUUAAGUGCUUGUGUCUAUUGCAACAUUUACAUCUACAGUCCUCAGGAUUGCCAAAGAUAGAAAACAUAAAAAACAACAGUCAGAAAAUCUAUAAUAACAAUAUUCAGAUCAGCAUUCACUCCUCUUCGGCAACAAAUAUUGUUAAAGACAAAUUCUUGUUGAAAUAUUUUUAAAGUUUAAUAUCUGACAAAUUUGCAAAUUAUCAGGUUUCCAUUUUUCAUAUUUAGGUAUUCAGCAUGAGAAUGUUAAUUGUUUAUGCUAGAAUACUGUAAACAUAUAUAUUUAAAAUUUUAUUUGAGAAACCCAAGGUACUUCAGAGCAUUUUAAUGGCAUUUAUUUGUGUUCUACAAGCAAAGUUGAAGGACCUGGGAAAAUAUGACAGAGAAAUACUGUCGAACCACAAAGGCUUGUGAAAUGAGCAGUUAUAAAAAAAGCUCAAUUAUUUUUGCAAUUUCAGAAGAGUCUGAGCACAAUAAUGAUAGUGUAGAUUUGGGAAAGACAUUGUUUGACACUGCUUUCCUUGUUUUAGAAUAGUUUCCCAAGUGAUAUUCCCACCUUUGAAGGAAAAGGUGUACUAAUAGUACUGUUCAUAUUUUCUGAUGAACUGUAGAACAAAUAGUUUUCAUUUUCAACAUCAGAAAUAGAGGUAACUGAAACCUCAGACAAAACAUUCCACCCUCCUAAGCCAAAAUUUUUAGAAGAUGAUAAUAUCCUAAUUUUUGUAACUAUAGAGAAUAAGUGUAAUUCACUGAAAGGUAACAAAAUUAACAACCUCUUUUUAUUUUUUGUCUUUUUAUUUUUUCAUGUUGAUAAAAAUAAUAUUUCAUCUCCUCAUAUUAUUAAAUAUAACUAACAUAAUAAUGGCAAGAGAAAGGGGAAAUAUGAUAAAAUACAUUGGCUCAAUCUACAAAAAAGAAUGUUUUUCACUGAACAGAAAUCUGUCUUUUAAAGUGAUCUUAUCCUUCUCAGAAGGUAAGAUAAGCUGUACAUGAUAUGCAUGCAUGCUCUUCUUUGGAAGUUUACAUCUUGCAAUAAAAUGAUAAAUAACUCAUCUCUUAUACAAUCAACUAACGCUUACCAUUAGUUUCCUUGUCUGAAUUGUAAUCCAUUGGAUGUAUAAAUUACAUAACAUAGUAGUCUGAUCAUGUGCUACUGUCUUCUUUUAACAUCCCAAUGCAGUUUGUACCUUUGUCAGCAUGCCUCAUGCUGGUUUCUAAUAAAUCCUUCAUCUCUAUUCCAUUCAUACCAUUGUAUACUAUAAUGCAGUAUGAAAGUAGCACUUCUUCCUACAAGUGGAUAUUUACUUAACUGUGCCUUGGGAUGAAAAUGGAUGAUUAAACAGUACUUUAAAAAAAGUGGACCAUCAUUGGUCAUAUCUGAUAACAAUCACUGAUAUCAUCUUGUCAUAUCAGCUAUUUGGAUGAAUGCAUGAGUAUUAUACCUCUCACCUUUCCUGCGAACCCCUAUUUGGAAUUUUGUAUCUUUUGUUUCACAGUACUUAUUAUGGUCAUUUAUCUUAUUCUCUUCCAGGCUAUUUCAGUUUUUAUUCUUGCUUAAGUCUCAACCUAUUGCUUAUUAUACACUUCUAUUUUGUACUUUCAUUUCUCCUUUUCUUUAUCCUUAUUCUUAUUCCUUGCAUGUGGACAUUUUUUUUAUUCACUUUGUCAUUUAUUUUCGCCAUCUCUACUAAGCAGCAGGAAGUUCAUGUGCCUUUAGCCUUUCCAGUCUUCCUUUUUCCUGUUAUCACUUUACAUUUCUGUUAUUUCAUGUUAAAGCACUGCAUACAAAAAACUUCGGCAUUAUUCAGAAGCAAACUGGAAAUAUCACAUUUGUGAAUGAGUGGAGCACAUUAGGUUUUGACUACAUGUGUCCUCUGGAGCUACAUUGGAUGCUUCAUUAGCACUCCAAACUCAGUCAGUUCCUGCUAAAAGAAGGAUCAGUUUUUGUAUUCAAGAUUUACUUUAACAGUAACCCUUUAAUAUGCAGUAAAAAACAAUUUAAUUUGUAAUUAGCAUCCCUCAAUCCACUUUAUGCAGGAUCAAAAUUUCUUAAUAAGUUUGACAAUGUGGUAGACACAAUUUUAGUACAAAAUUGAAUGCCAGAGACUUGAGUCUUUAUGUGCCUGUAUUCCUCCAUCCAAGCUUCUGAAUCCUUGUGUGUGAGCUCAUCACAACUGACAGUCUCUCAGCUAUUACUUAAUAUCUUUGUUUUUCCUGUCUGAAGCUGUCGUUUGUCACAUUAUAACAAAUUUUUCACGGCAGCAGAAAAGUAUGACUGCGUGAUCUUCCACCUACAAUCUCAACUCACAGUUUCAUCUUUGUUUUAUCAACAGCUAUGUCCAGUUCUGCUCUUUCUGUGAUUAUUUGAUUGUUAACAGAGACAGUAUAGUCUUCUUUAUUUACCAUGAUGUGGUAUCUUCAAUGAACAAAAAAUGUAUAAGACUUUCGUUACAACAUCAGUAAUGUACUGACAAGAUUGGCCUUUCAAAACAUCAGCUUUCCCCUGACAUGUGGUUUAAGCUUUCUUUUCCUGCAUACAUUUUAUCUAAUAGCAAUGCCUGUCUAAAAUUAAGUGCUUAAACUCUACUCAAACAAUUGAGUCCCAAUGAAAAUGAAAAGAAAAAUGCAUUUGCUAUAUGCGGAGACACUUUGUCACUACACAUUAUAAUGAGAACUGGCACUGACCACGACAGCCAGACUUCCUUGAAAAUGCGUUGUGCUACAAUUAGACAUGUACAUGUAUAUUUUUUAUGCAUGUAUUAGCAGUUUGUGCCACUAAUAUGAAAGAAUUAAACGUCUGAAUAAACAAUUUGAAACAAUGUGUGUCUUCCUAACUGCUAUUUUUCUUAUAGAUGGUUCCUGUACAGCCCACUUCUCUGAAAACUUUGUGUAAUACAUACAGUUAAUAAGCAACAUUUAGUAUAAGCGGCCUCUAUUGACAUUGUAGUAAACAUGCAUAUAUUUUUAAUAUAACAUAUUACUAAUCAUUGUAUAUAUUUUGAGAUUAUGAUAUACACUAAAAAGAACCAAACUUGUGAAAAUUUUCACAACAUACUUCAUCAUUACAUUUUAGUCAAAGCAUACAAUACUAUACCAGUUAUGCUUCCCAAAUAUCACCAUUCUUUUCCUGGCUGAUAUUACUGACUCUAUUCCUGAAUCAUUGUCAUCAUUUCAUUUACAUCACUGCUGUCAAAAAGCAGGUGUCUUUAUCUCUUCCACUUUCAAAACUAAAGGAAUAGAUAGUGUAAACAUUCUCACAAUGAGAAUAACCUCAGGAGAAUAAGUUCAGUAAUUUCUCUACUUAUACAGAAAAAAAUAGUCCAUUUUGUGAAAAUUUGAACAAAAUAAGAGUUAUGUAAAUACAUUUAAAUCCCAGUAGUACCUUUUCAGCAGUGUAAACCUUGAUAGGCACCUUUCAUCAACUCUUAUUCUAGACAAAGGUGUAACAAUACCUUACCUUCUUGCAAGCAGACGACCAAGAAAAAUAUAAACCUUAAGGUGCAUUAUUUCUUACAUUAUUGUUAUUGUUGUGGUAUGUAAAUAGUAAUUUUUAAGAAUAUAUUUUGUUGUAUAUAUGACUUUCAACAUGAGAAGCUGAAUUCUCUGUCUUCUGUAUGUUGUGUUGUUUUAUGAGACUAAUGUUGUUUAUGGAAAAUGAAAUUUAUUCUCAUAUAUAUUUGUCAGAAAAGCCGUUGUUGAUUUGUAUAUACGUUAUGUUUCUUUAUUUUAAGAGUGUUUCUAUAUGGAGUUUGCUAUAUACUGUGAAGUUAUGUGUGUAGUAUUAUAUUAAAAUCAGAUAUUUUUGUAUUUGUUGCAUUUAUGUGAUCACUUACAAAUAUACUGUGACUUAUUUACAAAUUUGCUGUAUACAUUGUAAAUCUGGAAGUAUUUAUGAACAGGCAUCUACAUUAACUGGCACAAAAGCGUCUCUGUAUUAUUGUCAGGUGUGAAUUAUCAUUACAGAACUAUUUUGGCUAUUAUUUUAAAGUAAUCAAAUGAAGAUGUAUUUCUUAUCAUAAUUGUGUUUCUUUUAACAAUCAGUUGUCACCGAGAUUAAGUCAUUAUAAAAAUACUUAUAGUCAAGGAAAAUCUGUCCAAAAUUGAACCUUACCUUUUUGAGUUUGCUACAGAAUGUCAUAAGCAUUUGUGAUGAAAGCAGUUACUGUACUAUGUUUGCAGUGGUAAACAAAUCAGCCUAUGUGUAGGAAAAUAUUUGUUUUAUUGAUUUAUUAUGGAAAGGAUGAUAUACUCAAACAGGGUAGCCGUAUGAAGCUAGUCACAAGGAUGUGGAACAGUGUAAACUGAAGAAAUAAAUAAAACUAUUUAUAAAUGGUGACUUUACUCCAUAAUGUCUGCUGGCUGUGCUCAAAUAAAUACAACAUAUCAAAAAAGAAA